AUGGCGGCGGCGGCAGCGGCCGGUGCCUUGGGCUCGGGCCCCGCCGCGGGGCCCCCGGCGGUGACCGGCGGGGCGGCGGCGGCCGUAGCGACGACGGCCGCGGCGGCGGCAGCAGCGAUGGCCGGCCCCGCUCCGGUCCCGGUGCCCAUGAACCUCUUCGCGACGUGGGAGAUCGACCGCUCGGCGCCGAGCUGUGUGCCCAGGCUCUGCAGUCUGCGCCUCAAGAAACUCACAGUCCUCAAAGAGCUGGACAAAGAGCUGAGCUCUGUGCUUAUCGCUGUGAAGAUCCAGGGUUCAAAGCGAGUCCUGAGAUCAAAUGAAUACGUCCUCCCACCUGGUGGCCUGAUGGAGACCGAGCUGGAGCUGACCUUCUCUCUGCAGUACCCCCACUUCCUCAAGAGAGAUGGCAACAAGCUACAGAUCAUGCUGCAGAGGAGGAAGAGGUACAAGAACCGCACAAUCCUGGGCUACAAGACCCUUGCAGUGGGCAUCAUUAACAUGGCUGAGGUGAUGCAGCACCCAACAGAUGGUGGGCAACUGCUGAGCCUCCACAGCAACAUGAAGGACGUGAACAUCCGAGUCGCUGAAAUCAGCAUCUACUCUUUGUCCAGUCAGCCCAUUGACCAUGAAGAUGGGAAUGUUCCUUCAGGUCCUAAAAUCAAAGCUUCAGAUCGCUCCCCAGACAUCGAUAACUACUCUGAAGAAGAGGAUGACAGCUUCUCCUCAGAGCAGGAAGCCAGCGAUGAUGCUGUGCAGGGUCAGGAUCUGUUUGAUGAAGAGGAUGACUUGAGGAAAACCAAGAAGGCUAGGAGGAAAAUGAUCCGAACCACAUCAAUGACCAGACAACCAAACUUCAAGCAGAAAUUUGUGGCUCUGCUGAAGAGGUUCAAAGUGACUGAGGAGGUCCUGGACUCUGACCCUGUAGACCAGACCCAAGAGGUGGAAGAGGACUUGGGCUUGCUGUAUGACAGCCUGGAGGAGUGCAACAACAGUGACAGCGGCCCAGAGAUUGAGGACAAUGAGAGUGUGCACAGCACACCCAAGCCCACCCUGAGGCGUUUCUUUGAGGGAGUCUCUCAUUCUGGUUCCCAGACUGAGAUCGGCAGUCUGCACAGCCAGAAAGGGCAGGAUCAAGAGGCGGGCAGCCCUGGCGAGCCAGACAAGCGGAAACCAGGAACGCUGCGGCCACAGGAGGAGCCAGGAGUGGAAGUCCCUGCAGUGGAGCUGGCCACAGAGGAGCCGUGUUCCCGGCUGGCCCCCCCAGAGGCUGCCACGAGGGAGAGCAGUGUGGACAGGCUGGCCCAGCUGGGCCCUGGCACCAAGGCUGAGCUCCCCAGUGCCGUGUCCCCCAGCAAGGCCGAGAGCAAGCAGCUCUGGCGUCCCCGCAGCACCUCCGUGAAGGACCGGCAGAGCUCCAAGGGACAGGGCGGCCGCACCAGCAGCCUGGACAGUGAGAGCUCUCCAGACUCGUGGCAUGGCACCCAGGUGCCCCGAAAGUCAGUUUACGAUCAGCUGAACCAGAUCCUUGUCUCUGAUGAGCAGCUGCCCGAGAGCAUCGUGCUGGUGAAUGUGGCCGAGUGGCAGGGCCAGUACGUGAGUGAGCAGCUCCAGGCGCACAAGCAGUUGGUCGUGUCCACCUGCUCCGUGGCAGACAUCCAGGCAGCCUUCAACACCACUGUCUCCCGCAUCCAGCGAUACUGUAACUGUAACUCCCACAUGCCUCCCCCAGUGAAGGUGGUGGUGGCAGGCGACCAGAGCUACCUGAGCGUUGUCCUGCGUUUCUUCGUGGAGCAGCUGGCCAGCAAGACACCCGACUGGCUCAACUACCUUCGCUUCCUGCUUGUGCCACUGGGCUCUCACCCUCUGGCCAAGUACCUGGCCUCAGUAGAUAACAAGUACAGCACUCUCUUCCUGGACACAGCAUGGCGAGAGCUGUUCAGCAGGGCUGAGCCACCCAUCGCAGACACUGUGGACAUCGCAGGCCGUGUUGCCCAGUUCAUCGCUGGAGCCAGCCUCUCUCACCAGCUCCCCAUCUCAGAGGCUAUGCUGACCUACAAGCAGAAGAGCCCUGAUGAGGACUCCUGCCAGAAGUUUGUACCCUUUGUGGGGGUGGUAAAGGUGGGCCUGGUGGAGCAGUCCUUCAGUGCCUCUGUGGACUCGGAUGAUGCCACAGUCUGCACCCCAUCCCUACUGAGCUCAACACCCACUGCCAGUGGAGCAGUUCCCUACGGCAAAGAGACUGUGAGCACCCCACCACCCUCCCCAUCUGUCAGCAGUGGCCUCUCUGGCGCUGGGUCCCUGAGCCCUGGUGUGGAGGUGAUGGGCCUGCAGGUGGACUACUGGACAACACAAGGGCUGGACAGAAAGAAGGAGGGCGAGAAGCGGGAGACGGGUAUGAAGAACACACUCAAGAGCAACUUCCGCUCACUCCAGGUCAGCCGCAUCCCCGGCACGGGGGAGCUGGUGUCCCCUAGCACCAUGGCCAUGACCGUGGUCACCAAGGAGAAGAACAAGAAAGUGAUGUUCCUGAGCAAGAAGCCAAAAGAGAAGGACCUAGAGCCCAAAAGCCAAGUCAUCGAAGGGAUCACACGCCUCAUCUGCACAGCCAAGCACCAGAACACCAUGUUGCGAGUCUCCAUAGAUGGGGUGGAGUGGAACGAUGUGAAGUUUUUCCAGCUGGCAGCACAGUGGCCAACACACGUCAAGUACCUCCCCGUGGGCAUCUUUGGCUACUCAAAGACAGAAGAUCCCAAACCUGCACCACUCCCUGUGAGCCAAGACCCACGAAGGUGAGGCCAGUGAGACUGGGGCCAUGCACCUUCCAACACCAGCCAGGGCACCAUGCCAUCUGCCGCCUGUGACCCCCAACAGCAGCCUGGGACAAGGGCCCCAGGAAGGGCUGUGGGCCCCGCUCUGCCCAGUGUGCUCCCGGCGCACCAGGGCCGCAGCCUGGCUGGGCCCAGGCAGGUUCCUGGUGCUGGAGCCAGCAGGAUUGCUCAUGGGGAGAAGAGGUGCUGAGCAGGGCCCCCCAGCACCACACUGCCCCUCGCCAGCCCCAUGCUGCCAGGCCUGGCCCUGCCCUGCAGGGCUGAGCCCCAGCAGCUUUUCUAGUCCCCUGCAGCCCCAGUGCUGCUGCGGUACCCGAUCCCCCAGCGCUGCCCUGAGGUGCUCCCAUGCACGGGGCACGCGGGCACCGGUUUUGGUUUGGUUUUUUGGUUUGGUUUUGUUUUUUUUUUUACAAGAUUCUAUUUUUUUUAAAUUUAUUGUACGGUUCCUUUUCGGGAUUAAUUUUAAUAAAUUAA